AUGGACGCGCGCAUCUCCCUGGUCGGUUACAAUCUGCAGCUGAAGGACAUCAGGCACUCCGACCAGGGCGACUACACCUGCCAGAUCGGUGACGGCACCCAGGGCGACCUCAUACACCGGAUAGAGAUACUGAACAGCCAUCUUCCUUCACCUCAAAAACUUUCAGGUAUACAUUUUCAGGCGGAUCAGACAGGAGGCCAUGUUGGAGGCGCCAUCAUGAAUUCUUUUUUGAGAAAGUGCCACCAGAAUUAUAUAAACCUGCAAAAUUCCAAUUUGGGAAAAGUUUCAAUCUGA